AGCGUCCAUCAACUCUUGAAGGCUUCACUCAGCCAAUUAGCAACGACCAAGGACACAUUUUGCCAGGGAUCCCACGCUCUACAAAGAGUCCAUGGGGUGAAUUUGUGGGGACAUGGGAUAUGAAAAAACCUCCUCUCAGAACAAAGACUAUAAAGACAAAUGCAAUGUCCACAAGCUUGCAAAAGAAUACAGAGCCUCCUGCACGCACUCCAAGCCCUAAAGAAGAAGUCACUGCAGACAAAGCAAGGACUCCAACACCUCAGCAAGAAGAAGUACAGACACCAAGCCCGCAAGAAGGGAAAGCAAGCCCACGUCCACCAAGCCAGAGUAGUCAAUGUAAAAAGUCACCCAGCCCUGUGGUGGCAAAAACCCCUGAACCAGCUCCUCCAUCUCCUGUUAAGAGCCCUGCCCAAGAGAAUAAUUCACCCAAGAAUACAGUUAUGUUUUCUGACCCAGCUUAAUGUCUGUCUAGCACCUUGUACUCUACAAGUUAUCCAUUCUCUAAGCAAUUGCAAAAAAUAAAUAUACCAAUUUGUGAGACCUUACCUGACAUUGACCAAGUGAAGGUAAAGAUGUUCUUGCAACAUUAAAUAAAUUUAUGUAUUAUCCCAAGAAUUUUACAAGAACAAAAUUAAGCAUGCCCACCUAAUAUUACCCCUAUAACCUACUCCUAUUUUCUGCAACUAUUGAAGACUACUGCUUAAGGCAAUUAGUGGCUCAUUAACUCCAACAAAAAUUCCCCUUACUAUCUAGGGCAUGGUCAGGGUGUCUUGAGGUGCCUAUGAACCCCCCUGAAGAGGUAAGGACCCAUCUAAAUCAAACAUGAAGGCAUAUAGGCCCCAGGCCUUAGUUGUUGAAGGGUGGAUAACACUAUCCACUGGAUAAAUUGCUAUCUAGUGGAUAGCACAGUAUGUUUUGCUAACAGUUUUCUGCUGGAUAGUGAUUUAUCCAUUGGAUAGCAUUACUGCCCUUUGACAACUACCCUCUAGUGGACAAAUGGUCAGGAUUUUGAGACAUAGGUGCUUCUGGACAUUAUGCCUCCCCCUUGUCAGCAGAUUGGCAGGAGCAAUAAGCCAGGAAAGGAGGCUGAAUAGGUAGUUACAAGCUACCUGUUGUCAGAAAAAAAUAUCUGAAAGAAUUAAGGGCAUGUAAAAACCAAUCGUCUUCCUGCUUGUGCAACAACUGACUAAAAAAAGUUUUCAGAAGAGCAACUCAACAAAGUAAAGUUUCCUGUAGUGUUGAAAUAGUCAGAGUUGCUAAUUUUCAGAAAAUCAAACCAAACAAUCAAAUUUCUGGUUUGCUGCAACCUCCAUCAUUGAGUUGAUAACUCAGACAUCUUACAGUGAAUCAGGAUUUCCCAAAGGAAGAAUCACCUUUUUUGUGGCAGUUCUUGCUCUCUGAAUGUCAUGGAAAAUUUGGCUUCAAGGUGUUUUAAUCCAAAACAUUGUUGAUGAAAUCACUACAUAUAGUUUGGCUAUUAUGGUUUACCUUUUUUAUUAAUAUGGAAAUUGUUACUGUUAACAGUGGUUCGAGAGCUAGUUAAACAAGGAGUUAAACUCA